AUGCCAAAAAAUGGUAGCUUUAAUGCGAAGGACAUUCUCUUUGCCUCCCCAAUCGCCGACUCUGAUUUCCAUCUGUGGCAUCAAAGGCGGGCCCUUGCCAAUCCCCCCCGGCCACGUUCCCUCAAUGUCUCGAGCAGUGAGCUGCGGCAGGCUCAGAAGCUCGUAGAAGCUGCUGUAGCGCAGCAAUCCGAGUACAAUGCCUGGCGAGUGGCGAACCCCAAGCGCAACACGUAUGAAUCGCGCCAUUCCAAUGCUACCUAUGCCUCGACCCAGCACAAAAGGUCUGACCAGCCGGCGGCGCCUAUGUUGGAUGCCCGCCUCCGAGCCGCAGCCGCGCUCCUGGCUGAACGCCACGCAGCUCAGCAGUUGAGGAAUGGUACUCUUCACAAGAGCUACAGUCAUUUCACUAGGGUGCCUAAGCCUCUGACCUUGGCGAAGCGGGACACCAUAGACUCAUCAUCGGGCUACUGGCCGGCCCAGGUUGACCAUGGCCGCCCGCCCAUGGGGUGGGAUUCAUCCUACCCGGUCUAUCGAGACGUCACCGAUCCCGCGUUUGGAGCCAGGGGUGAUGGUGUGACUGACGACACCGAUGCCAUCAACGCCGCCAUUUCCUUCGGAGGAAGUUGCCAGGAAAACUGUGAAUCAUCUUCGACUAGAGGCACAUUCAUCUAUUUCCCGCCGGGCACAUACCUCAUCUCCUCGCCCCUCAAUGCCUCUUACUACUCUCAACUGGUGGGCGAUGCGAAUGAUCUUCCGAUCAUCAAAACCUCUCCCUCGUUCGUUGGCCUGGGAGCAAUUCAAAGUGACGUCUAUAUUCCCAACGAUAAUGGAAAUGAGUGGUACAUUGAACAAUCCAAUUUCUACCGCCAGGUCCGAAAUUUCAUCAUUGAUAUCUCAGAGACUACCACCGCGAGUGCGGCCGGACUGCACUGGCAGGUUGCUCAAGCGACCUCCCUGACCAACGUGUACAUCAGUGCCAGCUCGAGCGCCGGAACCACCCAGAUGGGCCUCUACACCGAAAAUGGCAGCGGUGGCUUCAUGUCAGGCUGCACAAUCUCGGGGGGAGCGUAUGGUAUCUAUGGUGGUAACCAGCAGUACACCGUCCGCGACUUCCAGAUCUUCGGUCAAACCAAUGCGAGCAUCGGCCUGAUCUGGGACUGGGGCUGGACCUGGUCCGGAUUGCACCUCUCCAGCUCUCCUAUCGGAAUCAGCCUGAUCAACCCCCAGGAUAUCUCGGGUCAGCCCACGGGAUCAACCUACAUCCUCGAUACUAUGUUCGACGAGACCCCCAUUGCCAUCCAGGCGAACUUCGAGCAGUCGACCAUUCUGGAAACCAGCAUUAUCACUCUGGACAACAUCGGGGUCAACGGCGUUGAUACCAUGGUUGCCUUCACGGAUGGCUCGAGCCUCGACCUUCCGAAUGGUGACGUGGACUUUGUGGUUAUCGGGAACCUCCAGGAAGAUGCUUCCCAGUCCUUCGGGUCCUACACAGUGAAUGUCCAGAACCCCCCACCACCUCUUCUGGAUGCUGCUCAGGACCAGGUGAUCUACCGAGACUCGUACUUCUACAAAAGUCGUCCGCAGUAUGAAGACCUCUCGGUGGGCAGCAUUGUCAGCGUCAAAGACCAUGGCGCUGCUGGUGACGGAACCACUGAUGAUACCGCGGCCAUUGUCGCGGCGCUGGCGCUGGCCACGACCGACAACCUGAUUUAUUUCCCUCCAGGCUCCUACAUUGUCACCUCCACGAUCGUUAUCCCAGCCCAUACCCGCAUCACAGGGCAAGUGUGGUCGCAGCUUGUGGCCUCGGGCGACUACUUCGCCGACAUGACCAGCCCUAAAGUCAUGAUCCAAGUGGGCAACCCCGGCGACGUGGGAACGGUAGAGAUCAGCGACAUGCUUUUCACCUCCAUUGGAGAACUGCCGGGUUUGGUGAUGAUGGAAUGGAACGUCCAGGCCGAGAUCCAGGGGUCGGUGGGUAUCUGGGAUUCGCACUUCCGCGUGGGAGGCGCAUAUGGCACCAAAUUGCAGCUGGCCGAUUGUCCCAUCAACGACGCGAUUGCACCAGGCUGUGUCGCUGCCUCUUUGAUGCUCCACAUCACCCCGGAGUCCAAUGGUUAUUUUGAGAACAUGUGGCUGUGGGUGGCCGACCACGAUAUUGACGACCCAGCCAACACCCAGAUCACCGUUGGAGUUGCGCGAGGAAUGCUGGUCGAGUCGACCUCAGGGCCAACUUGGAUGUACGGCACCGCCUCGGAGCAUUCCAUCCUCUACCAGUACAACUUUGUCAACGCCACCAAUACCCUGGCCGGCAUGAUCCAGACCGAGUCUCCAUACUAUCAAUUUACCGAUGCCACUGAGUCUCCGGGGCCUUUCAACGCAUCGGUGGGCCUUUUCACCAACGACCCCAGCUUCCCGGAUGCCACCUGCACCGCGUCGCCCGAGCUCUGCAAUUUCGCCUGGGCGGUGAUCCUGAACCAAAACACGAACCUCACCAUUGCAGGCGCCGGCCUCUACUCGUGGUACGAUAACUACCUGGAGACCUGUGUCGACACGCAGAACUGCCAGCAGCGGAUCGUCCUGGAUCAGGGCGAGAACUCGGGCCUGUACGUGUGGAACCUGAUCACCAUCGGCGCCGUCGAGAUGAUCAGCAAUAUCGACGACAACAACAUCAUCCUCGCGGCCAACAACACGCAGGCAAUCGGGCAUCCCUUCUGGAGCGCCCUGGCCGCCUACCUGGACGACUAUGCGCCGGAGAUUCUCUCCUGCGACGAUGACUCCACCGACCCGGCGUGUCUGUCGACCUGGAACUGCGACCUGACCCAGCAGUACGCGACGAUCGACGAGCUCAACAACGCGCUGGGCAGCUAUCCCGACCAAUGCAUGCCCUACUACGCCAUGGGCACCCUCUACACCACGCUGAACGCCUCGCUGGCCAACUACACCGCGGCCAACAAGGACUACGACAAGUAUUUCGGGUACUACCAGCAGUAUGUGCGGGACAUGGUCCCUGACGCCCUCAAGGCCUUCAUGGCCGGCUCGACGCCGAGUCAGCCCCAGGGCGGCCCCGGCAACAAGUACUUCGACUGCACCUGCGAGGGCUACGGGCCGACCUCGACGCAGCAGUGCCCAUUCACCUACCGGCAGCUGCUGGGCGCCGAAGCCUUCACCAUGACGUACACGCUCAAGAACGCCAGCGGGUUCUACGGCGAACUGGCGAGCACCUACGGCAUCAACCAGACGUGGGUGACCUUUGGCAACCAGGGGGGUCCGGUGCGCCAGAUCGGCCACUGCACGCCGGGCGACUGCUCCGACGGCACCGAUUACCGCUACGUCAACAUCCCCAAGGCCGUCAAGUCCAAUCAGAUGGACGUGACGAACCCCAAGGACAUCAUCACCGCGGCGUGGCCCUCCAUCGGUACCCUGCAGAACAACAUCCUCGCCCGCGAGCUGGAUCUCAAUUUGGGCGCCUGGGCCGGCGGCAUGCAGGACCUGCUCGAGACCUUCUCCAUGCCCGUCCUCAUGCUGCAGCAGGCCAUCGCCUCUAUGGCCAGCGUCAAGGCCAUCGGCGAGAAGCAGGCCAAGGAGGACAAGAUUAAGCUCGUCCUGGAGAUCCUGGGCAUCGCCUUCGCCUUCCUCCCCUUCCUGGACGACCUCACCCCCGAGCUGGAGCUGCUCGACGGCGCCUUCGAGACCGUCGCUGCCACCGGCAACGUCGCCCUGGGCAUCCAGAGCAUUGUCUCCGACCCCACCUCCGCCCCAAUGGUGCUCCUGGGUCUCAUUGGGGGCGGGGGCCUGCGCGACGCGGACGACUUCUCGGCCGCGGCCGCCGCGCGUCGCGCCGUGACUGAGGACGACCUGGAGAGCAUCGGUAAGGAUUUCAAGGCCGAGCAGGACAAGUUUGACGGUAUCACGGAGCCGAAAUGCCGUGUUUAGGUCGAAUGGAUGGUCGGGUUACUGAGAGCUCAGCUUGCCGUGAGGAAUUGGAUGGUGGCGGUAUGUCGGGCUAUUCAUUUGAUAGCCGGUGUGUUGGAAGCAUAACGGUAGAAAAUAGAUCAACGCAA